AAAAUUUGACCGUUGGAGAACAUUACUCUUUGCAAAAGAAGGAAAAAAAGAAAAAGAGAUAAAGCUCUCUUUGAUCUUCUCCUUCGGUUGUUCCUUGUCUCAAUCUCCGACCAAACCAACACUUCCAGUGAUUUUGAAUAGAACCCAGAAAUGGCAUCGCCACAGAGUACCAAAACCGGCUUGAAUCUACCCGCAGGGAUGAACCAGACUUCGUUGCGUCUCGAGACGUUUUCGAGCUCAUUUCGUGGGAUUUCGAGUUUAUCCUCGCCGUCUAAAUCGACUUGCAGCGACAGAUUCAUACCGUGCAGAUCUUCUUCGAGACUCCACGCUUUCGAUCUGCAGGAUAAGGAACCGACUACGCCGGUUAAAGAGGGAGGGAACGAAGCCUACUCCAGACUUUUGAAAUCUGAGCUUUUUGGAUCUGAUUUUGCUUCUCCUUGUUUGUCUCCUGCAGGUGGUCAAGGAUCUGCUUCUUCUCCGAUGAGUCCAUGUACUAACAUGUUGAGAUUCAAGACGGAUCGUUCCAAUUCAAGCCCUAGUUCGCCGUUUUCUCCUUCCAUUCUUGGAAAUGAUAAUGGUCUCUCCAGUGACUCGUCUCCGCCUCCGAAACCGCCUCGCAAGGUUCCUAAAACACCUCAUAAGGUCUUGGAUGCUCCUUCCUUACAAGAUGACUUCUACUUGAAUGUUGUGGACUGGAGCUCACAGAAUGUUCUUGCUGUUGGGCUUGGUACUUGUGUCUAUCUUUGGACUGCUUCUAAUAGCAAAGUAACGAAGUUAUGCGACCUGGGGCCUAAUGACAGUGUGUGUUCGGUUCAGUGGACACGGGAAGGUUCAUAUAUAUCUAUUGGUACAAGUCAUGGUCAGGUUCAGGUUUGGGACGGAACACAGUGCAAGAGAGUCCGAACCAUGGGAGGUCAUCAGACGAGAACUGGUGUCUUGGCAUGGAACUCAAGGAUCUUAUCAUCAGGGAGCAGAGACAGAAACAUCCUUCAACAUGAUAUCCGAGUCCAGAGCGAUUAUGUCAGCAAACUCGUGGGGCACAAAUCUGAAGUCUGCGGUCUGAAAUGGUCUCACGAUGAUAGAGAGCUUGCGUCUGGAGGCAAUGAUAAUCAGUUACUGGUAUGGAACAAUCAUUCACAGCAACCAAUUCUGAAGCUGACUGAGCAUACAGCAGCAGUUAAGGCAAUUACAUGGUCUCCUCAUCAGAGCAGCCUCCUUGCUUCAGGAGGUGGAACCGCAGACAGAUGCAUUAGAUUCUGGAACACGACAAACGGACAUCAGUUAAACAGCAUCGACACUGGGAGCCAGGUCUGCAAUCUGGCAUGGAGCAAGAAUGUUAACGAGAUAGUAAGCACUCAUGGGUACUCUCAAAACCAAAUCAUGCUCUGGAAGUACCCAUCCAUGUCAAAGGUUGCAACACUAACUGGCCACAGUAUGAGAGUACUCUACUUGGCUACGUCACCUGAUGGCCAGACUAUAGUGACCGGAGCAGGAGAUGAGACCCUGCGGUUUUGGAACGUCUUCCCUUCAGUGAAAAUGCAGACACCAGUGAAGGACACAGGUCUAUGGUCAUUGGGGAGGACACAGAUCCGAUAAUAACAGUGUCAACCUAUAAUUUGUUUUUCACUGUUUAUGAGGAAGACAUGCAGUACUGCACAGAGAGACAGAUAGAGAAGCUGGAAUGUAACACGCAAAACCUGCAUUCUAUUUAUUCAAUUUGUUCUUUUCCUUUGUAAACUACAUAAUCCCAGAAAAUACUGAAUACAUCUUUAAAAAAAAA